AAUUUCAUGAGGUAACGCUCAAUAUCGUGAGAAUUUUUAGAAACUGUUUUACGUUUCAAGCCCUACAUAUAUUUCGCUCUUAUAAGUAAUAAGUAUAGACACUGUAUACUUAAAAAAAGCCUAAAUUCCUGCAGAUUGUAUAGAACUCUUAACAUUAACAUACAAAGUCAUGCAGGCUUCUAUAAAAUCCAAAAAUCAACUUGAGAGUGGCUUAAAAACCUCGACUGCGCGCUUUAUCGUAAUUAAUAAUCCGAGAAGACGGUAUAAAUUAGAUUAUUCAAUAUCCUCCACUAAUAUCAAUACACACCAACAUUGUUAAGACUUGCUUUCCAGUUUUACCGUAGGUUAUACUAAUUCAGUUUUUACCGUUGCAGAUAAUUAUCUGUGGACUAAGAAAAAUCUCUGUAAUAGUAGCACCAAAGUGACUUUAUCCUUCAGAUAAUUCGGGAUUUUGCCGUAUUUCAAUCGCUAGUUGAGCUUCCUAAAGUUUCGCUGCUUCCACACUCGCCCACAUUGUUUUUUAUUCCUCGAGGGAACGAUGAAGCGAUCGUUGAAAAUUGCCAUCUUCCUGGUUAUUCGCGCGGCGAUUAGCGCGACAGACACACACUGUAUACUACGUUGCGAGAGAGGUGCCACAGUGUCGGACGGUUGGAAAGUCUCUGCGUUUGAGACACUGAAUCGAUGUGGAUCAGAGGUUUAGCUGAGUCUGCUGUAGAAUUUGAUUUUACCAGAGAAACAAUCGCUAGUCAUUCGUUUUGAGAAUUUCGAAGGUGAUGUAGGUGCCGGUAAUACAGUUUUCUGUUCGCAGUUUGAUAUUGCAGAAUUUUUGCACACAUUUGUGAUUAUUUAUUUUUAGUCAUUUUUUCAUAUACAUAUGAUAAGGAAAAUUCCGAUCUUGUAUCUUAUUGCUCUAUGAUUUUCAUUGGAUAUUUUUAUUAUAAUUUCAAUUGGAUUUUGGUCCAUUUGAAAUUAAUUGCAUUUUAAAAAUUCAUUGAAUUGUAUCAUAAAUAUGUACAUCGAAGCACAAUUUUAAAUUUGAAGUAUUAGAGAAUAGUGCUUGGAAUAGUGACAAGUAGCCAUUUUUUCCAUGCUAUCUUGAGCUUGCAGGUAUAAGGAUUACAGUCGCGAAUCAUUGCUCGAGUAAACUCGGCGACACGGUGCUUAUUAUCAUCGAGGCGUUAACGACCACGAGUGUAAUGAAAGAUCGCAGCCGAACGAUCUCUCUUUCUUUCCUGCAGAUUUCUUAGUUUACGACGUUUGAAAAACAGGAAGACGCCCAUUGCUACGUCAGGAAAAUUAAAGAUAAAUAUUUAAUCAACUGAUUCGUACACUGUAGUUCUAUGAAUUAAGGUGUAUGCAGAUGUCUACUUUUACCGACGACGUGUAUAACUCGACGCUACUGCCAUUACAUAAAGCACGUAACGUUAUCUGAGAUCUUACGAAAUUUAGAACCGAUACUUCCAUUAUUUAAUUGAAAUUUCCUGUGGUUACUUAUCGACAAUAAUUAUUCCCUGAUUAAUAAACAAACCUCUCGAUCAAAUUGUAAGUUGCCUACUUCACUUCGAAAGAGGUAAUUUUGAUGUAGUUGAUACCUAUCGAAAUUCUUGAUAUGAUCAAGUCGUAAACCUGUUCUUUUGUUUUAGCCAUCCAUUUCGAUUCAUGUCAUUUUUGAAUUUUAUCUUUAUAAUUUUUAUGUUUGAAUUUUCAGGAGUUUAUAUUUUCUUUCUACUGAUUUGAGCCCUAUUAUUAACACUUUGACAGAAAAAAAGCAUUAGGUUCUUAGUUCACCACAUUGAAGCUCAUUAAGUUUCUUCACUUAUCGCCACACUUAAGAUAUUAGAAAAAUUUAAAAGCACGCGCCUUCUCAUCGCCAUCAUACUCUACUCCCUCGCAGUAGCCAUUUGCGAUACUGUCGAAAGGGGAAAAACAGAUAUCCGCGAGUCACACGAGACCAGUAGCGUCCGACUGCGCGUCGGCGUGAUAGUCCGAGCAAAGGAUGAAGUGGAUAGAGCCCGUCGUCGUUGGCCCGUCGGUGCGAAAGGGUAGUGGUAUAGGCUUCAAAAAUCGAUCAACUUACUCAACAAGAAGUUGGAGAUACGGUGUUGCAGUGGAUGAAGGAAGCAAUGGCUUACAGGGAUGGUCAACGCAGGUCGAGGAGAUCGCCGAACACCUGGCCGCCGAUUUCGAUGGUUCGCUGUCGGCCCUCGCGGCCUCUGAUCUCGCGACCGCCGUUGCUUCUUAUAACAUGAGCGAAGCUCUACUGGCCUUGCCGUCGCUCACGGUUUUCAAGCAAGAAGCCCCAUCGCCCGAGAAUCAACACAACAACACGACUUUAAAUCACGUGUCUCAAAGGAAUGUCAAUGCUCCGCCGACAAGCAAUGGAAACGGCGGUCUUGUGGAGGCAGACAGCAACAACAGCGGCCAGAAUCCAGCGAGCUUGCAUCAGCUGCUCUACACGUCAAACGACGACUAUACGCCAAACUCCAACUCCGGCAAUCAUGUUUCUUCCUCCCAACAGGGAAACGAUUUCAAUGAAGAUUGUCGCUUUCAGUAUGUUUUGGCCGCAGCGACUAGCAUCGCUACCAAAGUCAACGAGGAAACUCUAACAUACCUCAACCAAGGACAAUCAUACGAGAUCAAAUUGAAGAAGCUUGGUGAUCUUACAGCCUUACGUGGAAAAAUCUUAAAGUCGAAAAUACGCAUGUGCUUCCACGAGCGCCGACUCCAGUAUACCGAGCGCGAGCAGAUUCUAGCAUGGCAACGGGCCAGGCCGGGCGAGCGUUUGCUUGAAGUCGACGUGCCCCUCAGCUAUGGCAUGGUCGACGUCUGCCAAUCCUCACCAUCUAACAACAGCGUCGAGUUUAUGUGGGACCCUACCAAGGAGGUCGGCUGCUAUGUGAAGAUCAACUGCAUUAGCACAGAGUUCACUCCAAAGAAACACGGCGGCGAAAAAGGCGUGCCGUUUCGUAUCCAAGUGGAGACUCGACUACCCGGAGGACCGCGGCUUCACGCCGCUUCUUGCCAGGUAAAAGUUUUCAAGCUCAAGGGUGCCGAUCGCAAACACAAGCAGGACCGUGACAAGAUACAGCGCAGACCACCACACGAGCAGAACAAAUAUCAGCCUAGCUAUGAGUGCACUGUGCUCUCAGAUAUAUCUCUAGACUCGCUUUCGUCGUCUAACACGAUCGGCCAGAAUGUUGGCAGCCCCUACGCUCCGACCGAUGCUAUAUCUCCCCAGAGCCGAGCAGCCAUAAGCGGCAGUUCCUCUCCCGUAGCAGCGCCUCUAGCCCUGCCAACUAAUCCGAGCAUAGUGCCUAUAGUUCCCGCACCGGAGACCGUCAAAGAAGAUAUUGGCGCAGCCCCGGCCCUGCCCUCUCCUGCUGCAAUUCUACCUGAACAGAAUUGCCCUGAGAUCAUCGUACCGCCUUGUUUUAACGAGCUACCAGCCGACGCAAAUGCCGCGCAAACGAGCAGCUGGCUUCGAGCCCGGCGCUUCCACGCCUUCGAGUCGACCUUCGCCAGCUUCUCGGCUUCGGACAUCCUGCGCCUGUCACGCGAUGACCUCAUCCAGAUCUGCGGCCUUGCCGAUGGCAUCAGGCUUUUCAAUGCAUUGCACGCCAAGGCGCCCCAGCCGAAGCUCAGCCUCUACUUCGCCGUAGAAGCUGGUAACGGUGCCGGCGGUGGCGUCUGGCGAGCCGUCUACCUCGAGAGCCUCAGCAUCGGCACGCUCACGAGCAAACUCUUGGCUGCCUUGAAUCUGCCGCACGAGAGACUGCACUCGGUCAUGGUACUUGGACCGCAGGGCAUACACGUGCUCGUCACCAACGAGCUCAUCGCUAAUAUGAAGGACGAGAGCAUGUUCGUCGUGGAGACUAUCAAGGAACCCGGCACUGAUCGUUACAAACUUCUAUUAAAGCCCUCAUCUCAUUGAGUGGCCUUACACUAGGAGGAGCCCAACAGCUGUUCACAACAGGAUGAGACUUCCAUGCGCGAACGCUGCAAAACUCAUGUGUAGAGUAAAUUUACAUGUAAAAGCUGUGUUAACGCGAUAAUUCGAUUCUCGAGGUUACACUGCGACAAAACGAGUUGUUUCGGUAAACGCUUGGAACUAGACGGAGGAUCAAGAUCUAUAAUUAUUGUUUUCACUAGACAUAUUCCUCUAGUCGAACUCCACUUUUGAAACUUUUUUUGUUAUAGCUUUUUUUCAUAAGAAAGAAUAACGAGGGAUGAGUGAUACGUGAUUGCUAAAUACGGAAUUGAAGUGACGUUUUAAAAAAUAAUGGGUAUCUUUUGUUUUCUUUUUAUUUUUAGUUAUUUUUUGAUAAGCAAUCAUUGGCCUUUUAUAUACGUUUAGAUAAAAAGGAAGCUUGUGUUAAUUUUUUUAAUAUGUUAAUAUGCAAGAAAAUAUUGCAUUACACUUAAUCUUAUGGAAUUGUAGACAUUGUUAACUAGAUCUUUGCGCUUAUCUUUUUUCAGAAGUCUUAUUUGUUAUUUAUAUUGUUUAUUGUAGUUGUCGAUAUGUACGCGUUUCAAACGACGUGACCUGACAAAAUUAUACGCAGAAACAUUUUGAAAACGAAACCGUGCCAGGCACGAAGUGGGAUAAAAAAAUGAGAAAGAAAGUGAUAUUUUUUAUGUAUUAUAUUAAUAUGUAGUAAUGAUCACAAAAGUCCUUAGAUCGUUGCGGAUGUAGUGGAAUAGUUCAUACAGAAUUUAAAAUAAUAAAAUAAUACAUUUCUAAAAUGUGCCAAUCAGUAUGUAAGCAUAUGCAUAUGUAAAACUAGGCAGUUAGUUUCUUGAAUUUAUAUUAGGCACGACCGUGAUAUGUGAAUGCCUUAUAAUUAUUCUCAUUGUACUGGAAUAUGAGUUAUGUACACAUUGUUACGCACAAAUAUUUUAAUAUGCGAUUCACUGAAUUAUUUUUUACGUUUAAUAAAAUAAAAAAGAAAAAAAAUGGAUCGAAUUUACGAUAGAGUAGAUAAGUGCAUGGGUUAUAAAAUUAUUAUUUUUUCUCUAUUUCGAGGGUCUCCCUUUAUUUUAUGUAAUAAUCAAGUAUUGCAUGAUACAACGACAGGAUGGAGUAAGGUUGACUCCUAGAACAUUCGCAACCAUAUUAUGUGCUUAUCAUGCUUGGCACAAUAAACUUUUUGUGCUAAAUUUCGUUUUUUAUAGUUUACCAACAAUACCUCGAAUUCUUUUUAUUUGCUUUUGAGGGUGAAGAACACAAUAAAACGAACAAGAUUUCUUAUAAAUAUAUGCAUCUUUAAUAACAAAAUAUUGUUAAAAUUAAAUAUAAGGAAUGUUGUUUUAUUGUACACCAGUCACUGUUGCAUAAAUUUUUAUCGAAAAUGCAACAUCAGUUCACACAAAACAUUCAAUUAAAAAAAAAACUCGACUUUUAUCUACUUCUUCUUCUUCAUCUGUUUGUUUUUCUUCUUCUCUUCCCUUUUCCUUUCACGUUCCGAAAGACUUUUGUACAGCUUAUAACCGAAGAACACUGAAAAAAAGAAAUACAAAUUAGAAAGACAUUGUAAUGCUGAACAAUAAAUUGUUUGCAAUUUUGUAUCUCAUGUGCAGUUAAUAAACGGCUAUAACGACAGUAACGAAUUUGAUAUGAUGACAUGAGAGCAUCUUUCUAAAUAGAUCUAAACAUAAAUAGAGGAAAAUUGAUUAAGUAGCUGUAAUAUCUAGCGCUUUGUCCUCAACGUGUCAGUGGUACAGAUAUCUAUUUAUGAUGUGUAUAUAAAGUCAAUAAAAUUGCUGAACCACAACCCAGUGUAAAAAGUUAUGUGGUUAAAAACGCGCUCUUCAUUUGUACAUACAAUUUUGCAGAAAAUAAAUAAACUAAUGUUUUUACAAAUGUU